CCAGCCUGCAAGAAGACUGCCUUCUGCUCCCUCCGUUUUCUCUCUCCUUUCCCUCCUUCGCUCACACGAGUUCAAAAACCCAGAAGAAGAAGUUACAAUAAUGGGCCCACCAAGCAAGCAUGCCCGUACAAUAUCAGAAGAAACUUUUGAUGAACUAGUAAAAGAGAACAUAGAAGAUCUAGGUAUGGACCCCACUGAAGCCCUUGAAGAUGCAAUCCAGACUCUCACUCUUCAAGGCGUUGAUCUUUCUGGGAUUGUGACUAGCGUACCGGGAGAGGGUAAUGUGAGGGACAAUCCAGUCAUUAAGUGUUCGGAGAGAUUGGAGGAAUUGGGAUUUGAUAAUAAUGGUUCGAAUGAGAUGGCGGGGUUGUUUGAUCAGUUGGCUAGAUUGUUUAGUGGUGUUGAAGGAUCUGGGAAUGUUACAAUUGGGGUUAGAAAUGAUGGGGUGGAAUUGGUUUGUUCUAUUUGUUCUAACAUUCCUAUUGGUUCUGAGAAAGUUCUUGUUUCAGCUUUGGAAACGUUGGCAUUGUUGAUUCAUGGUAUGCGUUUUAUCCGGAUAGGAUAUGUGAUUUAUGAGGUAAAAGUAUAUGAUUCUAUACGUGUUCUCUUGACACCUGAUGAUAAUCGUGCUGUGGCAUCCCAAGUUUAUGGUUACGCACGGAGAUUUGCCAAAAUUGGAAUUGCAAGAGCUCUUGUUGAAUCACUACGGGCAGGGCUUACCUCACCCAGUUUAGUCUCAGCAAGCAUCGCUUUGAAGGCUGUUUCUGUUAAUGAUGAAAUAUGCAAAUCUAUCGCUGAAAGUGGUGGCAUCGAUUUCAUUCUGAACAGAGUGCUUACUACAAUUGUAGCUAAGACAUGCUGUUCUUUGUUAUCCAAGCUGGCAGGAUGUGAUUCAAAUAAAAGUGCUAUUGUAGAGAAGGACGGUAUGAACAAGCUAAUCCAACUAUCAGCCAGAUUUUCUGAAGACCCCCCUGUUCUGCAAGAGGUUAUGUCUGUCUUUACAGUGCUCUGUUUAAGAUCUCCAGACAAUGCAGCCCGUGCCCUGGAAGCCGGAGCUGGAGACCUUGCCAUCCAAGUCAUGGAGAAGUUUUCUACUGUGCAACAAUUACAGAGGAAUUCCUGUCUAAUGAUCCGUAAUCUUGUUGCGAGGAACCCGGAGAACAGAACUACUCUUCUUAGUCAUGGCAUCGAGAAAUUUAUAAGAAGGGCAAAGGUAAACCACGUAACAUGCAAGGAUGCUGCCACCGAUGCUCUGAGGGAUUUGGGCCUUGAUAACUACAAUUCAUAGCUCAUGCUCAGAAAAUUAAUGACCUGAUGCAUAUUGGAUUAUACUCCGGAAGGCUCCAUUUGGAUUUUGUGUGGGUCAGAAUAUUGCUAAAAUAUACUCAGAUUUAAGCAUGAAGAAGCGCCAUCAUAUUCGAGAUUUAAUUUUGUGUGUUGUGCUCAAGGAGAAUUUUGUGAGACAAAAUACGGAUAUUUCUCCUUGUCUUUCUCUUCCCUCUUAUGCCCAAAAUCAACAAACUUUCCCGGGGGCUGUUUGUAUAACCCAUCCCAGAUAAUCAAGUUUCCAUGAUUUGUUUGCCAA